AUGGGCUUUUUCUCUUCAAGGAGGGGCGAACUCUCAUCAACCAACCUCCAGGACGAUAGCACGGUUGUGCGUGUUAUUCGCUCCAGAUUUUAUGGCAAGGGGAAAGGCAAAGAACGCGAGACUGCCGACGAUUCUACGCUGUAUUCCGCUCCGCCUUCGUCUUUCUCUUCCAAUCACGUUCCUUCCCCAGGAAAGCACUCGUUUUCGUCGACCAGAGCGCGUGCUUCGUCCACGGAACCGCAUCGGGUUCGCACCUCUACAUCCGCAUUCUUCCCGCGACAUCUGGAGAAAGAGUCGCAUGGCCCUCGCUCGUCAACAGAUGCCCUCACGAUCACACUGGCCCAGAGAUUGAAUGAACUAGCUACGGCGAAUUCGGAAGGCUUGCUCAGCGACGAUGAGUAUCGUCUUCUGAGACAGAAUCUUUUUGAACGCUUCGCUAGCGGGGCACCAGUACCAUCGGAGACGCCUCUAGUUCCUAUGUCUAGCGCAGGUCGCGAUGGAAGAACUUCGUUUUCAUCCCAUGAUCACCGCACGUCUUCAUACCAUCAUGUACCAUCUUCGCGAGCAUUCUCCCUACAAUCCAAGAGGUCGAUUACUUCUGCUGUCACAGGACUCCUGCGGCGUGCGACCAGCAGGCGUAUAGUCUCAACGUCAAACGAUACCCACGGAAGUGACGCUGCAAGUGUCUAUUCAGUCAGCUCUGCUGGGGGCCGGAGCAAUACAAUACCCAGGACGUUGUCCUAUCAAACAAGUGAUUCCUCUCUACGAACAGAAUUUUCUCGCAUGCUGCCUUAUAGACCAUUCGGGGUAUCCGCAUCCGAAGCUGCUCCUGCUGCAACUACGUCGAGUGCGCGCUCGAUAAACCGAGGCAGGACGCGGUCUAAUUCGUCGACACCUCCCUCCGCGUUUCCAGGGUCGCCGUCAAUGAUUGAUUCUCCGAUUUCUCGUGGUAGCCUGAUUGAGGCGCUGCCAAACGACGAUGAUCUAGAGACGGCUAAGGAAUUGCGAACCCAGAUUGAUCUUGUGGAAGCAGAAGGUCGACGACUUCUAGAUGCUUUCAACGGGCUCGAAUUGAGCACGUUGACUCGGAGGCAUAGACAUGCACACAUUAGGCCGCGGAUACCACACGUUCUCAAUGCAUUGGACAGUUUGUCGGCGACCGGAACCGAUAAACAAUCGGUGCUUACAGGAAGAGACGUUGAUAUAGUAUCAUUCAAGUCGAGUGGGUCUGUCAGAAGUGCGCCGUCCGUCAAAAGGACGCCCUCUGGGCUCAAAAAGAACAUUGCGUCGGCUUCAUCCACUACAUUGGUCUCUCCACAUAAAUCGGUCAGUCGCAAAAAUUCAAUGUCUUCAAUGUCCUCCCGAGGACGUGUCGGCGCGAGUGGUCUUUCUAGUCUGGCAGGGCAUUAUGCUAUCGGCAGCAGCUCUAGCAUCAAUCUACCGAGGAGCUCAAGCCACCUACCCCUUGCCCCUGUUGCGGAAGCGGAAAGCCCCCCUCAUGAACAGCAUACCUCGGGAGUGAAGGGUCCUGUCACCGCGCGUAAGCAAGCUAGCGAUGCCCACUCCAGUUCGCAAGGCAUGCGACAUGGGGUGUCGGCUGGAGUUGCCAUUGCUGAGGAUGAAGAGAUCCGCGCGAUGGAGGCGGAGUUGGCUGAUAUUAGGAGACGUCGAAUGGAGGUAAUCGCGCGGUAUGAGGCGCGUCUGGAGUACCUUCGCGCCAGGCUGAAGGGAGCAGAACUGCAUGAGAAGAUCCUGCGGACUUGA